AUGUCAGCUGUAUCCCUAGCAGCACAUGCUGGAUUUUUACCUAACAUGGGUUCCUCUCUAGAAAGCUUUACGAUGGAUGAGAUCUUUAAGGAGCUCCGUUCUAAAGAUGAGGCCGUCAGACUUAGAGCUGCCAAGCUGCUAAGAAAGCAUGUUGUUGCUGUAUCCAGGGAUAUUACAUCGCCUGAGCAACUCUCCGUUUACAACAAUUACAUCAACAAGCGGAUUUUUGAUCUUAUCAAUAGUUCUAACGUAAGAGAGCAGCUCGGUGGAAUCGAAGCUAUCAAUUCCAUGGUUGAUCUGAUCACAAAUUCCAAUGAAGAUCCAUCAGUGCCCCAAUUGGGGCUCACUACCACCGCUGAACAGAACUCCAAUAUGAUUACAAGGUAUGCCAGCUAUUUAAGAAGGCUUCUUUCAUCAAACAACUUGUAUGUCAUGAAGGCUGCCACUACCACUCUAGGUAAGUUGGCUAUACCUGGUGGGUCGUUGACUGGAGACUUUGUUGAAUUCGAAGUGAAGAGGUCUUUAGAGUGGCUUGUUUCCGAAAAAGUCCAAGGCAAGCGUCAUGCCGCUGUUCUUAUUCUGGGUUCUUUGGCCUUCAACGCUCCCGCUAUGCUCUAUCCCUACAUCAAGGAUAUCCUACUGAAUAUCUGGAUCGGUCUUAGACAUCCUACCUUAUCUCUGAGAGAAGAUACUGCAAUAUGUCUUAGAUAUUGUCUUAGUAUCGUUUAUGAAAGGGAUUCUGAGUUACUCAAUUAUUGGUUUACAAAGUUGUACAACGAGGCUCUAAGCAUCUUUAAAUCUGUUGGCACAGGUGUUUCUACUUCUGCAGCAGCUGGAGUCUCUUCAGGAACCAAUAACUCCUCCGUAAUCAACUCCAACAUUUAUAAUAGUCCUCCAGAAUUUGUUCACGGAUCUUUACUUUGUUAUAGAGAGUUGAUCCUUCAGGGAACCUCCAUUUUGGAUCCCAAAAUCGACGAAAUAUACGAAACUCUAAUGACCGUCAAGGAUAAUCGCUCUCAGGAUAUUAGAAAGGAAUUUGCCAUGAUUAUGCCCAGAUUGGCCCGCUAUGACAGAAUCCGUUUUGUCGACAAGUUUAUGCAUCGGGUCCUGCUCUAUUACAUUUCACAGCUAAAAAUCGGUAAAGAUAGAUCGUUUAUCUUGACAAGUGUUGGUGAUAUCGCCAUUGAAGCCAAAAAUAAUAUUGUCAACUAUUUAGAUGGUGUAGUCUUAGAAAGCAUUCGUGAAGGGCUUUCUUCAAGGAGUCCCAAGACGAGGAAGGAAUUAUCUUCUCCGUGCUUUUACUGUUUGGCAAAAUUGGCCAUUGCUCUAGGCCCUCCAUUAACCAAAUUUAUCAACAGCUAUCACGUUCUCACCUUAGUGUUGAAAUGUCCUAUCACUGAUAGCAUGCUCAGUGUCCUAAAGAUAUUUAUUGAUCACCUCCCGUCUCUAGAGCCUAUCAUCAACGAUAAUUUGAUUAAUACGAUCAGUUAUUGUCUUUCUGGCUAUGAGUUCAAGCAUCCCGGUGCUCCAGACUUUAAGGUUCUUAUGGACCCACAAUUGGCCUUUAGAUACAGACGUCAUAUGCUUUCUAGAGAGGGGGGCCCAUCUUUUCAACCUCCACGUUCGGAAGUUGACGUCACUAGUCUUGCUGGACUACCAAAUGUGAGCGAGUAUGAAGAUGGUGACGUUGUCGUCAUAUUGCAGGCUCUCAAGGCUCUAAGCUUUUUCGACUUUCGCAACUACAACUUGACCGAUUUUGUGAGGCAUGCUGUCACCUAUUAUAUUAGUCACAAUACUCCUGAAGUGAGAUUACAGGCUUCCUUAACUUCUUCGAACAUUUAUAUGAGAAGCGCCAUUUGCCUGGAACGAAGUGCUGCAUCUUUAAAAGCCGUCAACGAUGUUCUGUCCAAGCUCUUGACGAUUUGUAUUACGGAUCCUGUUCCCGAGGUUCGGCUCGACGUGUUGAAAAGCCUCGGUGACCGCUUUGAUGCUCAAUUGUCUCAGGCGGAAAACGUUAGAUUGUUAUUUAUGGCUCUCAACGAUGAACUAUUUGAAAUCAGAAAGGCCACUGUCAAGUUGGUUGGUAGGCUCACCUUUAUCAACCCUGCAUACAUAGUGCCUCCGUUACGUAAGAUGCUCAUUCAGUUGUUGACAACUCUUAAUUACGCAGGUCAAAGUACAAGGCGCAAGGAAGAGACUGCCAUUCUGAUUUCGCUGCUUAUAUCCAGUACGGGUGAGUUGUCCAAGCCAUAUCUCAAAUCAAUCAUGGACGCAUUGAUACCGCGUGCUACUGAUAGUAGUACAUCUGUAGCUUCUGCAGCAAUUGCUGCUAUAGGAGAGAUGUCUAUUGUGAGCGGUGCCGAAAUGCUUGAAUUUGUUCCUCAGUUGAUGCCUAUUCUACUAGAAACUUUCCAGGACCAGAGUUUGAGCUACAAACGAGAUGCUGCUUUAAAAACUUUGGGCCAGUUGGCCGGUGCAUCCGGUUACGUGAUUAGACCAUUGAUUGAUUAUCCUCAGCUUCUUGGUCUUCUAGUCAACAUCCUCAAGUCGGAUUCAUCACCCUCUGCUAGAAGAGAAACGGUUAGGCUCAUGGGUAUUUUGGGUGCGCUUGAUCCUUAUAAAUAUAGAGAGGUGGAAAGAAGCGGAAGAGAUUCUCAGACGGUGGCUGAGCAGAAUGCCCCUUCCAUUGAUAUGGAGUUGCUUAUGAAGGGUAAGUCUCCUUCAAAUGAGGACUACUUCCCUACUGUGGUGAUAACGACCUUAUUGAAAAUCUUAAAAGAUCCUUCUCUAAGCAAUCAUCACCCUGCAGUGACUCAAGCUAUAAUGCAUAUUUUUAAGACGCUUGGGGUCAAAUGUGUUCCAUAUUUAGAUCAGGUAAUCCCCGGGUUCGCUUCUGUGAUGCAUUCUUGUCCGAAGUCAAUGUUGAUAACAUACUUCCAGCAAUUGGGUGACUUGACAAAGAUCGUCAAGCUAAAUAUCCGUCCCUAUCUCGGCCAAAUUUUUGAUUUGAUCAAAGGGUUCUUUAAAUAUUCUGAGUUGCAAGUUACUAUUAUUGGAGUCGUUGAGCAGGUCUCGAAAUCUUUGGAUGACGAAUUCAAAUUGUAUGUUCUUGAUGUUGUCACUAUGCUUCUUGAUCUCUUAAAUCAAGAUAGUUCACCUAAGCGGGCCCCCUCAUUGAGGGUUCUCAAAGCCUUCAUGGUAUUUGGCGAUAACAUGGAACCUUAUGCACAUUUGUUUGUCCCCCAGAUGGUGAAAUUGUUUGAGUACGCACCUCUCGUCCUCAGACAAGCAUCUAUUGAGACUGUCGGUAAAAUUGCUCGGGUGAUUAACUUGAGUGACUAUACGUCUGAAAUCGUUCAUCCAUUGCUUCGAUUGUUGGCCAAUUCUGAUAACAAUGAGUUGAAGAACACUGUAAUGAUGACGAUCUGCUCUCUAAUGAUACAAGUUGGUCAAGAAUUUUCUAUCUUUGUACCUGUUGUCAGUUCGGUGCUUAUCAUGAACAAGUUGCAUUAUCCGCUCUUUGAUCAAUUGGCUGAUAAAUUGCUUAAUGGUGAGUCUCUGUCUUCUGGACUAGUCGUAUAUCCUGACGAUGCCUCCCUCAACAACAACAACCUUGAAGUAGAGGCUACUCCUAGAAAGUUGCCCGUCAAUCCUCAGGCUUUACGUAAUGCAUGGGACUGCAGCACCAAGAGGACCCGGGAAGACUGGCACGAAUGGAUGAGACGGUUAAGCAUUGAGCUAUUGAAGGAGUCUUCGUCUCCUGCAUUGCGAGCUUGCUCCUCGUUGGCCACGGUAUUUCCUCCAUUAGCGAAAGGAUUGUUCAAUUGUGCAUUCGCUAGUUGUUGGAACGAAUUGCAUAUUCAAUAUCAGGGAGAAUUGGCCCAGGCGUUGUGUAUUGCGCUCUCAUCACCGAACAGUUCACCUGAGAUCCAUCAAACAUUGUUAAAUUUAACAGAGUAUUUGGAGCACGAUGAGAAAUCUUUGCCUAUUCGGAUUCAGACCUUGAGUCAGUACGCGCAAAGAUCGCAUGCCUACGCUAAGGCCCUUCACUACAAAGAAUUAGAGUUCAUUCAAGAGCCAUCCACCCCGACCAUUGAAUCUUUAAUUAGUAUCAACAACCAACUCCAGCAGACUGAUGCUGCAAUUGGUAUUUUAAAGUACGCCCAAGAACACCACGGUCUUCAGUUGAAAGAGACAUGGUAUGAGAAGUUGCAGCGGUGGGAUGAUGCAUUAGCGGCUUAUAACGAAAGAGAAAAGGAAGAGCCUAACUCCCCCGAAAUUACCAUGGGUAAAAUGAGGUGUUUCCAUGCAUUGGGACAGUGGGAGCAGUUGAGUGAUUUGGCAGAGAAGAAAUGGGAUGCUUCGUCGAGCGACAUGAGAAGGUCUAUUGCGCCCCUUGCUGCUUCUGCCUCUUGGGGACUUGGCCAAUGGGAGAAAAUGGGCACUUACAUUAGUGUGAUGAAGCACGAGUCUCCCGACAGGGCCUUUUUCAAUGCGGUUUUGUUAUUGCACAACAACAAUUUCGAAGACGCAGCAAGCCAAAUCUCUAAGUCCAGAGAUUUGCUUGUCACAGAAAUCACUGCACUUGUCAGUGAGUCGUACAACAGAGCAUAUGGUGUAGUGGUGAGAGUUCAGAUGUUGGCGGAACUUGAAGAGAUCAUCACCUAUAAGAAAUUACCACCUGGAUCGGAAAAAAGGGCACAUAUAAGGGAGACUUGGAAUAAGAGGCUAUUGGGCUGUCAAAAGAAUGUUGACAUUUGGCAAAGAAUGUUGAAAGUUAGAGCACUGGUGGUAAAGCCCAAGCAGGAUAUGGAUAUCUGGAUCAAGUUUGCUGAUCUUUGCAGGAAGGGUGGCCGUCUAGGAUUAUCCGAGAAGGCUUUGAAUUUGCUGUUAGAUGAAGGCACUCCUGGUCAGCAGACAUCUAGAGCCCCUCCACAAGUUGUAUAUGCCCAAUUGAAAUAUAUAUGGGCCCGAGGACAAAAGAAGGAGGCACUAAAUCAUUUGAUUGAUUUUACCUCCAAGCUUUCACGCGAUUUGGGGGUUGAUGAGAAUGAAGCUAUUAACGAGCCACUUCCAACAGAGGUGGUGGGUGCUUCAGAAAAUAUUGAGAGAUACACCAAAUUGCUGGCCCGCUGCUACUUGAAGCAGGGUGAAUGGAAGAUUGCUAUGAAUUCUAAGUGGGGCGAUAAUGAAGCUAGUGGAAUUCUUGGUUCUUUCUUACUUGCCACCCAUUUCGAUCCAAAAUGGUACAAGGCCUGGCAUAAUUGGGCUUUGACCAACUUUGAGGUGAUUCCUUCGGAGUCGAAGCAGUUGAACAAUUAUGAUGAUAAUACUCAGCGUCGUAAUGAGUCCGAAGCUGAUCUGAAUACAGUUAUUCAUUAUGUUGUUCCGGCAGUCAAGGGAUUUUUCCAUUCGAUUGCAUUAUCGCAGGAGAGUCCCCUCCAAGACACGUUGAGACUUCUGACUUUGUGGCUUAACUUUGGUGGUAUUAAGGACGUUUCCAACGCAAUGGAAGAAGGAUUCCAGAUGGUGAAGAUUGAUACGUGGUUAGAUGUGAUUCCUCAAUUGAUCUCUCGUAUUCAUCAGCCUGACCCUGUCGUGAGCAAAUUCCUCUUGGGAUUAUUAUCUGACUUAGGUAAAGCACAUCCUCAAGCAUUGGUUUAUCCAUUAACUGUGGCUAUCAAAUCUGAGAGUGUGUCUAGGCAGAGAGCCGCAUUGACUACCAUCGAUAAGAUGAGGCAGCAUUCUGCAAGGUUAGUUGAUCAGGCUGAUCUAGUGAGUAACGAAUUGAUUAGAGUCUCUGUGUUGUGGCAUGAGAUGUGGUACGAGGGAUUAGACGAUGCUUCUAGAGCCUACUUUGGGGAGCAUAACGUCGAAAAGAUGUUCUCGAUACUCACUCCUCUUCAUAAAAUGAUCGAGAAGGGACCUGAGACGAUUAGAGAAGCUUCGUUUGUUAAUUCUUGUGGUAAAGAUCUAGCAGAUGCUCAGCAGUGGUUGGAUAGCUUUAAGAAAAGCAGGGAUGUUACAUAUUUGAAUCAAGCUUGGGACUUGUACUAUGCUGUUUUCCGAAAGAUUUCAAGGCAGUUGCCUCAAUUACAGAGUUUAGAUUUACAUCACGUGUCGCCAAAGUUGUUGGCCGUGAGAAAUAUGGAGUUGGCUGUUCCUGGAACGUACGUCGCUGGCAAGCCCGUCAUUAGGAUUGCAAGAUUUGAAUCUGUCUUCUCUGUUAUCACGUCCAAGCAGAGACCAAGAAAGUUCUGUAUCAUUGGAAGUGAUGGUAAGAAAUAUCAGUAUGUUUUGAAAGGUCACGAGGAUAUCAGACAGGACAGUUUAGUGAUGCAGUUGUUUGGCUUGGUGAAUACUUUACUUGCCGAUGAUUCGGAAUGUUUCAAGAGGCAUCUUGACAUUCAGAGAUUUGCCGCCAUACCUCUUUCGCCAUCUUCGGGAUUGCUUGGUUGGGUUCCUAAUGCAGACACUUUUCAUGUUCUUAUUAAGGAAUAUAGAGAACCAAGAAAGAUAUACCUUGAUGUGGAGCAUAGGAUCAUGUUGCAGAUGUCCCCUGAUUACGAUAGUUUGAUGCUUUUGGAGAAAGUGGAAGUGUUCACCUAUGCUUUGGAUAUUACCCGUGGUCAGGACUUGUAUAAGGUUUUAUGGUUCAAGUCAAAGUCUUCGGAGGCAUGGUUGGAUAGAAGGACGACAUAUACAAGAUCUUUGGCCGUGAUGUCGAUGGUUGGAUAUAUUUUGGGACUUGGCGAUAGGCAUCCUUCAAAUUUGAUGAUGGAUAGAGUUACAGGGAAAGUGGUUCACAUCGAUUUUGGAGACUGUUUUGAAUCGGCCAUUUUGAGAGAGAAAUAUCCGGAAAAGGUUCCAUUCAGACUAACCAGAAUGCUCAGUUAUGCUAUGGAAGUUAGUGGUAUUGAGGGAUCGUUCAGGAUUUCUAGUGAGAACGUGAUGAGGGUUCUCCGGGACAAUAAGGAGUCGCUUCUUGCCAUCUUGGAGGCAUUUGCUUACGACCCAUUGAUCAAUUGGGGAUUUGAUUUCCCUAUCAGGGAGAUUAUCGAAAACUCGGGACGUCCUAUUCCGAGUACCAAUUACAAUGAGUUGUUGAGAAGUGGACAAAUUUCGGAAGAAGAAGGCAAAAGGAUGACUAUUCAGUACAAGAACGAGAUACGGAAUGCUAGAGCGGCGUUUGUGUUGAACCGAAUCAACGACAAGUUGACGGGUGAUGACUUUAAGAGAUUUAAGGACUUGGACGUUCCUACACAGGUAGAUAACUUGAUCCAGCAGGCCACUUCUGUGGAGAACUUGUGCCAGCAUUACAUUGGAUGGUGCUCUUUCUGGUGA